GUAUGUCUCUCGUGCGCCGUAAGCCGCGGAAAACUACAUGUUCCAGAGUUGUGAGUGCGGAAGUGGCGCGACUGAACCAAACAGAGUGCAGAGUUAACGGAUUAGCGGUGAAGAUGUCUCACAGUGUGAAGAAGAGAAAAUUAGAUAAAACCCGUCAGGAUACGCUUUAUUUUGACAGCUACUCCGAUGUGACGAUACACGAGGAGAUGAUCGCCGACUACGUCCGCACCAACACUUACCGGACGGCGAUUGAACGGAACAGUGAGCUGAUUCGUGGGAAAGUGGUCCUGGACGUGGGUGCAGGAACCGGCGUUUUGAGCGUGUUCUGUGCACAGGCCGGAGCCAAGAAGGUGUUCGCUGUGGAGGCCUGCUCCAUCGCCGAGCAGGCGGUCAAGAUAGUCCGGCAGAAUAACCUGCAGGACCGCAUAGAGGUGAUCCGGGGCACGGUGGAAACCGUGGAUCUGCCUGAGCCAGUGGACGUGAUUGUGAGUGAGUGGAUGGGGUACGCGCUGCUGCACGAGUCCAUGCUCAACUCGGUGUUGUACGCGCGCGAUAAGUGGCUGAAGCCUGGCGGCCUCAUCCUGCCCAGCAAAGCCGAGCUCUACAUCGCACCGGUCUGCGACCCGGUGGUGGAGGACCGGCUCCACUUCUGGUACACCGUCAAAGACCAGUACGGCGUGGACAUGUCCUGCAUGUCCGACUUCGCCCGCAAAUGCAUCAUGAACUCCGACAUCACGAUGAACUUCGUGUCCAUUGAGGACGUCCUGUCGCACCCGGCCCGCUUCGCCGAGCUCGACCUGUACUCGGUGACCGCGGAGGAGCUGCGGUCGGUGAAGGGCCACUUCAGGUGCGAGUCGUUCGGUUGCUCGGCGGUGAGCGGGUUUUGCGUUUACUUCACUGUGACGUUCACGUGCCCAGACAAGCAGCAGGGGCUCGUGCUGUCCACGUCCCCGUUCAAACCGGACACGCACUGGAAGCAGGCGGUGCUGUACCUGGACGCGCCGGUCAGCGUGGAGCAGGACACGUUGGUCAGCGGUGAGGUCAGCAUGUUUCCCUCGGAGGACAGUGCCAGACACAUAUGUAUCAGUGUGGACUUCACCAUAGGAGAGCAGAAAAGACAAACCAAGAUCUUCUCCAUCCCUGACUGGAGCAGCGAGGCUCAGCCAUGACACAGAGAACCAGGGCAGCAACGAAUAACCAGUUAUUGAAUUACUAUUUUGUUAAUCCGUUUGUCUGUUAUGUUUAAUACCAAGAAGUUCUCUGGCCUCUUAAAUGUCAACAUUCAUUGCCACUUUAUUAGGUACACAUGACACCAAAUACUACUAAUGAUAAUGAUAAUAAAAGCAAGUACAAGUAACAUGAGUCUACUUUUAUCACUUUUCAAGCUGUCUUUGCAAUUUGCAUAUCAUGAAUGAUGUGACAUGUUUGACAAAUCCUUGUAAAUGACUUGUUUCUGAUGCUUGGUUGUCCUUGCAUUGACAAGCAGUUGAACAGAUGUGCCUAAUAAAGUGGCCGGUUAGUGUACAAACCAAAGCGAUGUAGUUUGUGUUUGAAAGGAGCGAAGACACCAGAAAAUAAUCUACCUCUUUGGUUUGUGCACAGGUUGGGGAAACGCUCGUCUUUUUAGUUUUUUUAGUGGAACACGCAACAAAAUGAUUACUUGAGGAGAAAUAAAAAUGAAUAGAUGCAUCGAGAAUGAAAAUAAUCGUUACUUGCAGGCCUACCCAGUAUUUCUCAAACUCUGUCCCUGUGUGUGUUUACAAAAGAAGUUAAUUGAGACCAGUCUGAUGAUUGCAAAUAUUAUUCUUAUUAGAACUUGUUAGAGCCUGUCAUGUAUGGAGGGACUGCAGCUGACAUUAGAAUUUAUACAUACACAUACAUAAUUUGACAAAUAUAAGGGUAUAAUCUAAACACCUUCUCUCUGCAUUUUUAUGAACCUCAUAGGAAGGUUUUCAUGUUCCUAAAAUGCAACAAAACCCAGAUGUUUGUCAACCUGCAAACAUCUGGCAUUCUAAUAAAUUCUCAUCAAAAUGCAACAAUGAGAUCAAAAUAUUGACUUGGCCUAGCUGUGGUCAGGCAGCAGGCUGUGCCGUCCAGGAGGUGCUUGACUUUGGCUGCCACUCAGUUGCUUUUUUAAUUGAGAACCAGUUUGGGUCAUUGUCUGCGUUUAGAACGAGUACACGCUCAUGUUGGCUUGGAUGGAAACAUACAGUUCCUCUCUACAUUAACAUAACAUCUCUACAUUACUGUAUCCCACAGCAGCAACAAAGGCCAGUAUUAUUUUUGAAAUAAAAGUUCUCGGACUGAUUCCCACACUUGACAGUUUCUAAUUAUUAAUUGAUCAAAAGGUUGAUUGUCAGUGGGUUUUCUGUUGCCGUUUGUGUGUGUGUUUUUAUGACUGAACAAAUGUGAACUAGAGAAAUAAAUUCUUGCAUUGUU